AUGGUUGUGAGUGUGAAAAAGAGUGGUAAAUGCGGCACCCCCUGGCAGGUGGCGCACGCCCGUGUCGCCCACGAGGACAGCAGCGGCAAGAAGCUGCGAUACGCCUGCCUGAAGAACUUCAAGAGGAAAGCUGGUACCUCCAGCCUCAUCUUUUGCGAGCAAGACCCAACCACCCUGGAGUAUAGAUGGAGUCAACCACUGCUGGUUUGCAUCGAAACUGCCCAGCCUACAGAGACGCCAAAGUGUACCAGCCCAGCGAGCGUCUCUGCACGUCUGUACGGAAGUCAGACCAACUCACCCGUAGUAGUGGAAGCGUCACGUUUCACCAACACUCCAUCUAGGACAGCCAAGCCAACUUCCGAUAGCCUUGGGUCGACAGGGACAGCUACCCCAGAGGGUGGACGGUUGACUCCGGGUACGGUUAUCGAAAGCGUAACCCCCUCCCCGAGAACGACGCCAUUUCUCCCAGACGAAAGUAGCGAGACGCAGUGGACUCCGUCUGCGCCCUCCGAGGGAAGCCCUGGGAAUUCCACAGAACUACCCGAUCCGAGCAUUUUGCAGAACAUUUCAGGUUCUGUCUACUUCAGAGCUGGGUUUCCCUUUUUAGCGGUAAUCCUAUGGGUAGGAUUCUUGUACUACUGCUAUUGCAGAAGAUCUCGUCGUCCACGGAGACAGCCCAGGGUCCCUUCCGUGGAAGUGAUCCCAAUGGAUCCCACGCGACCCGAAGAAGGAAGAGCAACACUGGACGGCGAUUCUCCAGAUCCAGGACCGGCUAACGAAGAAGACGCGAUGCUAACAGGAUUACCACCACCGGUGGAGUGAUCCUGCGGUGGGCGGACCCUCAAAAGGAUCGAAUAGCUCUGGAAAAAGAUCCUAAGCACAAUGUCCAGAGUCGAGGUGGACAUGGAUGUACCUGUCCACCUCCUGUUGCAAAGCCUUAAGAAGCGGGCCGUAAAUCUCUUUGGGGCGCCUACGGUUCUCCCCAAUUUACGGCGAGGAGAAUCCAACAGGUGCGCGAGAAGAAGCUGAGCGUGAGAAGGGAGGAAGAGAAGAACGGGGGAAAGGGAGUUGGAAAGAUGAAGAAGCGACACCUGAGAUCAACAGAGGCAUACGUGGAGAAGAG